AUGCUUACCAAUGACCGAGCGGAGUCGGGUCCGAUCGGUAACGAAGAGAGGGGCGAUGAAAAGUUAAAUGUGGUAAACGUAUUUAGUAAACGGCUCGUGUGUACACAUCGGCCGUAUGUGAGCGCACGCUCGGCGUUCGAGGCGAUCUUAUUUUCCGAGCGGGCCGGCGUUCUGCCGGCGGCUUAUUGCCUACGUGCCGGCGGAGCGGUCGCGCUUCUGUCAUAUUAUUCUAUCGAGCGGCUAUCGGCUGCCCCGCACGACCGAUAUUAG